AUGUCCUCUCCAUCACCAGUAUAUCCGCCCUACCAACCGCAUCGAAGCUCUCAGUCUUUUGACCCCAAUCUACCACCUGCACCUCCGCCAAAGCCGAGCAGUCAAGAGGUCAGUCGUCGUAGCACACCUGCCGGCAGCCAACCAAUGCCUCCUCCCCCGCCUCCACAGACACAAGAAGCUCUCGAUACCUAUGGUGGACGCUCUGAAGAAUCCCAGCCCUCGCAACAGGCCCGAUUCCGCGAGCAGCCGUAUGCACAGCAGACCCAAGAUCCUGGCGACAGAUGGCUUCCCAGAAUUCUAGAGGAUAAAUCCAAACAAGAUCUAGCCGAUGUACUGGCGAAACCAGCUCUCCUAGCAGCACUUGCCCACUCGUCUUCUACUGCACACCCCUCAGUCGCCACAUCACAAGAGCCGCUGCAAGCUGCAUUGACCGAGAACGUUUCUCUUGCUUCGCAUUUAAAAGAGCUUGAAGCACGAAUUAGCCACUUGCGAUCCUCCACCCAAGCUCAGCUCCUGUCAACGCAUGCCCUUGAGAGACAAUGGCGGCAGAAGCAGUCGGACAUGGAUCGUGCAUUGGCUCCCUUCUCACCUUCUUCCCUUUAUCAGCGUCUCAACCAAGGUAUGCAGGAACAAGAGAUGGUUUGCCGGGCCUUGGAAGAGAGUUUCCUUGAAGGAGAUGGCGGAACCGCGUCUGAGAGAGAAGCCUUUGAGUGGGUGAGACGAUACCGUGAGGCAAAAAAGGUCUAUUACUCACGUCAGGAGCGAAAAGAGAGAUGGGACGAAGGUCGUGUCGGAGGAUGGCGGUAA